AUGGAGCGCUUGGAACAUGAAUCGAUUUCAAUAAAAAAAGUAAAAAGGAUGAGGAGCGCUUUUACAACAGACCAAGUAAAUUAUUUGGAAAAACUAUUCAAGAAACUUCCUUACGUAAACAGUACGCAACGCAAAGCGGUCGCAUUCAGAUUAAACAUUUCAGACAGAGCUGUUAAAAUAUGGUUCCAAAAUAGAAGAAUGAAAGAAAAGAAAGAAUUGUGUAGCAAAGAAGACUUUGAAGAACAGUUUGAUCAUCCUAAUGAUUAUUUCAUUACGGAGCAAAUGAGCAAUGCACAUACAUUAGCUAAUGAUAUAUUAUUGUCGUCACCAACACUUAGUAGUUCUGUGGAAUGGAUUUCAAAAUCAAAUAACAUUAAUGAAAUGGACGAUCUUAAAGAAAAAUGUAAACAAAAUUAUAAAGACAUAGGGGCAAGACGAUUAAAACUGACAGAAAAAAACUCUCCUCUAUUUCCACAUUACCUCAAUUCAAUUAGCAAAAACGAAUAUUUAAAACAAAACAAAAACAAUAUAGCAAAAACAUUGGUACAACAAAAUGAAAGUAAAACCAUUAAAAUGUACGACGACAUCCAACUAGCUCCAAUGGAUUUAUCGGUGAAGAAUAGAGAAAACAAUCUAGUAGCAGCAGUCAAGAAUAGUGUCCCUCAAAUUUGUGUACAAUUAAAUGAUGGGUUGCUACAAAGUGAAAUUUAUGAGCCAUUGAAGUUACUACCGUUUUUAAAACCAGUUGUUGCUACAGUACAAAAUAUUGACAAUUAUGAUAACAGAAUAGAAGAUUGCAAUUGCGAUUGUCAUAAAAAAAUUAUACCUGUACCGGUGUUAUUGCAAAGUGGUUUGAAAAAUCCACUGUACGUAAAUUUACGGUAGUCUAUAAAAUUAUAAAUUAAUUAAACUGAAUCAAAAUAGUGGAAUAUUGCAUUAGUAUUUUGUAAAUA